AUGGUUUAUUACUUUCCUCCAUGUUCUGAACUGGGGAUUUCUGGAAACUCUUUCGGAUUUGGCUUUGAUUUUACAAGAACAGCCCUUGACUGUUGGAUUCGUGGCCCCAAAUCUGAGACUGGUUAUAAUUGUAUGGUGGAUUGGUUUAAUGGUUUGUAUUAUGUGAAUUUGACAAUUAUGAUUAUGUCAAACCUUGACCAAAAGCAAGUUGCUCUUGUUGAUGUUGAGGGGGUUGUUGGCUCAUCUCCUGAGUUACCCCCUUCAACUCAGCAGGAGCAACCUGUUGCUACUGCUGAGGGCUCAUCUGAGCCUUCUCAACAGCAACAAGAAGAUCCUAAUCCUGCUUCUACUGGAGGUAAACCAGUUGAUAAAAAAACUUCAGAUUCUAAAAUGAAUGGGACUUCCACACUUACAGCCCACAUUCUUUCAUGUCUUAAGAACCCUCAUUGUAAAGAUACCAGACAGACCUUGUUAACUCUGCAAAAUUUUUUUGCUAGUCAUGAUGAAAAUGAGGGGAAGGGAAAUUUGGGGGUUUGGAAAUUUAAUCAAGAUGACAUUCGGAAAGGAUUGUCUUAUAUGCUCAUUGUAGAUGAGUUGCCUUUUAAGCAUGUAGAGGGUAUGGGGUUUAAGAGAUUUAUGAGUGUUGCAUGCCUUAGGUUUCACAUUCCUUCUAGAUGGACUGUUAAUAGGGACUGCUACCAAAUGUUUCUUUAUGAAAGGUUGCAGUUGAAAAAUAUUUGGAAUAAUAGGAAUAAUGAUUGGAUUCUUCAUAAAAGAAUCAUUAAUCUUGUACCUGUUUGUGGGCAUAAAGGGGACUACAUAAGUAAAACACUUGAAAAUUGCUUGCUUGGUUGGGAUAUUAAGAAUGUUUUCACAGUAACUAUGGUUAAUGCUGCACAUGUGAUCAAUUUGGUUGUGUCUAAUGGUCUGAAAGAAAUGCAUGACUCUGUUAAGAAAGUUAGAGAUUAUAGACGUUACAUUAGGAACAGUCCAUCUAGACUUAAGAAAUUUAAAGACCUUACUGCUGCUGAUGAUAAACUUGGCACCAAAAAGUCCUUGUGUCUUGAUGUUGCAACUAGGUGGAACUCCACUUCUCUUAUGCUUGACACUGCUUGCUUGUUUCAAUCUGUUUUUUAA